AUGGGAGACGCUAGAUCUGAGCUGGAGCAUGACUUCCUUGAUAAUGCCAAAAGCUUCAACUGGACGGCAGUAAAGUCCAUGUUGCAGGAGACUCCUGACUUGAUUAACGCGCAACCCUCGAUGCGUUGGACGGCCUUGCACCAGGCUGCUUUCGAAGGAAAUGCUGAGAUUGCCAAGUUCUUGCUGGACCAAGGUGCAGACCCUUUGGCACAGACCAGAUCCGGAGCAACUCCAGCGGAAGUUGCCAAGGGUCAGGAAGUUCGCCGGGCGAUUGAGUCUAGCAUGCCGGCGGAAGAAGAGGCUGCGGAGCCUCCCAAAAAGAAGGCCAAAUUGAUGCCAAACUACAAGCUUAACAUCAACUCGGCAGUGGACAAGGAGUACGAAGGCAGCAGCUUGACGGACAUCGUGGCAGCGCCAACGUCAGCACUGCAGGGUGUGGCUGCUAAGGGCCGAGAAGUUCUGAAGAAAUUCAAAGUCCAUUCCAUCGGUGAUUUGGGAAGCUGGAAGUUUUAUCGGAUAGCAAAAUCCAUUCUCGGCCUAUCCACGCUGGAGCAGAAGGAUAAGAGGGAGGAGGGAGCCGCCUUGAACAUCAACAAGGCGAUGGACAAGAAGCAUGAAAGCAAGUCGCUGGAAGAGAUCCUCGAGCUCCCACCCUCGGCCCUACAAGGCUUGGCUGGCUGGGCUGACGCGGAGCUUGCAAAGGUGGGCAUCACGACCAUCGCAAAGCUCGGUGACUGGAAGUAUGCCAAGUGGUCUGAGUGGAUUUCCGAGCUGGCUAAAUUUGAGAAUGUAGAUUUCUCCAGCUUGUGA